AUGUCUCCGUAUCCAGAGUCAAAAUUCUCUGCCAACACGUCUGAAGCAUCCGAGCUCGAGCGUCGCGAGCAUCCACAGCACGAGUCUCGGGACAGCUCUCACUCACUCGACAGUAGGUCCAAUCAUUCAUCAACAAGUUCUGAACGUCUAGAGCGCGAUGUUAGCGCAAGUCCUGAAAACUUCGGUCACAUAGUCCCUUCUCAGCCAUCGUUAGGCUUCCUCCCACCCGAAGCUAGUGGUAGGGUGCGGAACCUACUCCUUUACCCCGAAGUUCGAGGGAAACCGCCAGACUUCCACUCGUCUUUAGUUGACAAAGGCAUCGGGAACGCGACCCAUCUUAGGGACGAAGAACAGCCAAAUCAACGCACUGAGAACUGGCUCCAGCAAUCGAACGUUCAAGCAGCGCCUCUGGAGAAUCUCGAAACACUUCCAACCAACAAUGCUCUACUUUUGCCAUCGAAUACGGGGCGGUCUUCCCCAAAUCCAAACGGUUUACUUCGCGAGGAAAACUCACCAGAAGCCGUGUAUCGAGAUGAAGCGCUCCCAGAGAGACUCAACGCCACCCACGUACCAUCCCAAUCAGCUGGAAACACCCUCAAAGACAGCACGAAUACACAUGCUAUUCUCACUCUGGGUCAAUCUGGCCUAUCAGCUACGGGAACAGUGCAGUCUCCAUCUGAGAUGAGCCCUAACGAAACUCUACCGUCCAAUUCCACGGCGACUUGGAAGACUACAGGCUCGGAGAAUAGUCAUACUCAUGGUAAAGCAAUACCAGGAGGGGUGGAACGAGAUAGGGAGCAGUCUUCAGCAGACACAGAAGAUACAGAAGGAUUGAAUAGUCCGGCACUGGAAAAGAGGAGCAUAAAGCGGUUGGCGCAAAGUGUUGCGAAGAGAUGGAGUUUCCCGAAGCACAAAAAGUGA